GUGUGGAAAUGACGUCAAGUUAUGUACUCAGUCACCUUAUUUAGCCCUAGCGUAGCACUAGGUGCUCAUUUUACCGGCAAGCACGCGACGAGGACAAUUCGAGGGGAGCCUUGGGGCUAACUUAAAGCUGAGCUGAAAGUCUUAUUUUACUGAAAACAGGAAGAAUGGGAGACGUCAACAAAGGAAAGAAGGUUUUCGUCCAGAAAUGUGCUCAAUGUCAUACUGUUGACAAUGGAGGAAAGCACAAAGUUGGGCCCAAUCUGUGGGGUCUCUUUGGACGCAAGACGGGACAAGCAGAAGGUUACUCCUAUACAGAUGCCAACAAGGCUAAAGGCAUCACCUGGGACGACAAGACUCUUAAUGUCUACUUGGAAAACCCCAAGAAAUACAUUCCUGGCACAAAGAUGAUCUUUGCUGGCAUCAAGAAGAAGGGCGAACGUGCAGAUCUUGUAGCAUACCUUAAAAGUGCAACAUCAUAGGCUGUAGUUUAUUUUUUUAUCAUUAUUGUCAUUAUACCAUGCCCCCCUUUCUUUUGUUUAUGUGGAGGAACAUAUAAUUCUGAAGUGGCCAGGGUUACACCUUCUUGGCUCAUACGGUUAAUCUUAUUUUUCCCUUUUCUCAUCAUGAUUGCCAACAGCUGAUAGUAUUGCAUUGGUGUAUAGGUCAUUGACCAUGUGACUCCGACUCUGCCUUGUUCUUUUGCCUUGAAGGAGUAAAGUAAUAUCCCCUGGUUUAACAGGUGUUUAUGAUAACUUAUUUAACUCUGUUUCACUUGCCUUGUAAAUCCGAUACGUGACCGAAGCAACCGUUUCUGUCUUAACUGUCUCUGGUCUUAAUAGUCAUGUCUUAUUUAUGAGGUUUUGGAUGCGCCAAACAGUUAAUUUAUGUGCCCUCCUGCCCAAGGAAUGUCUUUUUUGCCUUGCAUUGAUCAACUUGGUCUUAAUCUGUAGUAUGAAAUAAAUAUGAUUUUAUCAGGAGAA